GUGGUAAAAAUGUAAACAAACAACACGUUGAUUUUAUAAUUUUAUUGAAAAGAUAAAUUAAAAUUAAAAAUAUGAAAGUAUCAGUUGGCGACGUAGUCCUACCGGGCGAUUAUUGCGAAGAAAUCUCACCAAAAGAUGAAAAGUCGCGCGUAGUAAUUGGCCCGGGUUUACGAAAAGAGGUUGAUCAUGUUUAUAUAACAAAAGCAGGUAUUCUAAAGAAAAAGAAUCCCCACACGUACUGGAUAGACAGUUAUCAGAAGAGAUAUGUGCCGAUAAGAGGCGAGAACGUCAUAGGUAUUGUUACUCAAAAAGCUGGUGAUAUAUUUAGAGUCGAUAUUGGCGGGAGUACCACAGCCGCCUUGUCGUUUUUGUCUUUUGAAGGAGCUACUAAAAAGAACAGACCAGAAUUACAGGUUGGAGACAUAAUUUAUGCUAAACUGGUAAUAGCAAGCAAAGACAUGGAGCCUGAACUAGUGUGUGUCGAUUCCUUUGGGCAUAAAGGUCGACUGGGCGUAUUAAAUGAUGGAUUUAUGUUCAAGUGCCCUAUAAACCUUGUCAGGAAGAUCCUAAACCCCAAGUGUCCACUGCUAGAUUCUCUAAAGAAUGAGUGGCCGUUUGAAAUGGCUGCUGGCAUGAAUGGUAGGAUAUGGAUCAAAGCAAAUUCAAUGAGGGAAUCCAUAGCUUUGGGCAAUGCCAUUCUAGGAGCUGAGUUUUUGAGUGACUCUGAUAUUAAAAAAAUGUGUAAUAACAUUGCUGCAAUUCUAGCUGGACAUGUUUCAUAAUAGUAUACAUAUGACACAAAUAGAAGGGCUAUUUUGAUAUCUGUCAAAUAAAGAGAAAUCUUUUACUGUUUAUGUUAAGUGUGUUACUUAAAUUUUAAGUUAAUUUAAGUCAUUAUUUUAAGUUAAUUUCAUGCAUUUUUCCUUAUUCCUUAUAAAUGUUGUGUUAGUGACAAUUAUAUUACAGGUUGUAUUUCGAAAUAUCCCUCUCAUAAUUACUGUCUUAACAGCCUGCUUAUUGGAUAGUAAUUUUCUUAUAAAUGUAAAUAAGCUAUAGUUAAAAUGAAGAAAAAAACAACCACUCAAAGGAAUGCUCUUUUUAUUUACAUCAACCAUCUUUAUGUCUAUAAUAUAUAUAUACAUAUAUUAAUAGAUAAAAUUUAAACUGUUUUAGCCACUUUCAGAAUACUGUCUGGACCAUGGCCAGUGGUCUGUGAAACUUGGACUAGUAUGAAUCUUGUAAAAUGAUGAUCUUGCAAGUUUCACACUAGAACUGAUGUCAAAAUAGUUAUUUUCGAAUAUAAGUCCUUCCAUAAGUCAGAGGGAUCCUGGACUUGGUAAAUGAAUAUUUUUUCAGCCAUGCAUUUUUGUGAAUAUUUUAGGUAACACACUGGCUUUACUCACAGAAAAUUCCAUAUAAACUCUGUUGAAUUUAUGAUAUAAUGAGGAAUGAGUAUGUAAAGUAUUUUUGCCUACACAUUUACACAUAAUUAUCUUGUGUAGAGAAUGAAAUAAAGCAAAAGACAUGAUGUCGAACUAAAAAAACAUGUGUUUGAAGGGACAUCAUCAAGGAAUUUUAAACCUGCACUCGGCGUCCCAAGCUUCUGACAUUGCUCAAGGUUGUUCUGUGCCAUUCAAGGGUUUAUUUUUGUUUAAAUUUUUUAAUUCACUUCUGAAUUUUCUUAAUAUACAAUCUAUCGGGACAAUAAAUACUAUCAAGAUGUAAA